AUUGAAAAAAGGACUGACUUAUAAUAUUUUCUAGUUUACAAGAUCAAUGCCAGGAUUAUCUACUCAUCCAGAGCUUCUAACAAGAUUAUUCUACAAUUCUGUAUUCCUCGUAUGUUAAACUUAAGGAAUAUUUGUCUAGUAGGAGUAGAGUUUGACCGUUUCUUUACAAAUCCGGGCAUGACACAUUACAAGAUCUUCAGCAGCUGAUUCCAACAAACUUUAAUCCAUUCGCUGUCCCUCCUCACUAUUAAUGUAACGAUGGCAUCAACAGGGACUGUCACCUCCACCGAUCCAAGUGCAUCUGAUUCUGAUGCUGCAACAUCUGGCAGUGAUGUCUCGGACAGCAAUGCCAAUAAAAGUGGCCAAUCUGAUGAUGAUUCAGUUGAUUCAGUUACAGAUGAGGAGGAGGAAGAAGAUGAGGAAGAGGAUGUUGAUAAUGAUUCUCAUCUGAUUUGGUCCGGUCCAGGAAGGAAAUUACCAAUUGUAUCUUUUAAAGCUGAAGCCCUGUUUACUAAAGUCAAAGGUCUCUAUCACAUGGGAGAAAAGCACCACUUAGCGUACAAAAUGGUGAAGACAGAAUGCAGGCUUAUACGACAGAUUUUAGCGAAACAUGGCUUCCAUGAAGCUCACCCUAAUAGUUCUGAUUUCAAUUUAAUGUGGACUGGAUCCCAUGUUAAACCUUUUACAUUACGAAGUCUCACAGAAUUUCAGAAAGUCAAUCACUUUCCAAGGUCUUAUGAACUUACAAGAAAAGACAGGUUAUACAAAAAUAUACAAAGAAUGCAACAUUCCAAGGGUGUGAAGCAAUUUGACUUCAUUCCACAAAGUUUUAUCUCACCAAGCGAAUUUGAUGAUUUUAAUGGUGCACAUUUAAAAGAAAAAGGGACCUGGAUAGUAAAACCUAUUGCAUCAUCAAGAGGCAGAGGAAUUUUUCUUAUAAACCAUCCACAACAAUUACCGCUAGAUGAAACACUAUUGGUUGCUAGAUAUAUUGCCAGUCCUUUAACUAUAGAUGGUUUCAAAUUUGAUCUUCGUAUUUAUGUAGCAGUUACUUCAUAUGACCCUGUCAGGAUUUACAUUUAUGAAGAGGGCUUAACCAGGUUUGCUACUGUGCAGUAUGAUAAAAGUGCCAAGAGUAUCCGCAAUACUUGUAUGCACUUGACGAAUUAUAGUAUCAAUAAAAAAAGUAACGAUUUUGUUAGGUGUGAUGAUCCGUCCAUAGAAGACUAUGGCAAUAAAUGGAGUUUAGGUGCAGUAAUUAGAUAUCUUAAGAAACAAGGAAGGGAUGUCACAAAUUUGGUUUCUAAAAUGGAAGACUUGGUUAUCAAGACAAUAUUGGCUGGUGAACUUCCAAUAGCCACAGCAUGUAAAAUGUUCAUGCCCAAUAGAGGAAACUGCUUUGAACUAUAUGGUUUUGAUAUUUUGGUGGAUGACAAUCUAAAGCCUUGGUUAUUGGAAGUGAAUCUUUCUCCAUCAUUAGCAUGUGAUGCACCUUUAGAUAUGAAGAUUAAAGCCAAUAUGAUUGCUGAUCUUUUCACACUAACAGGUUUCAUUGCACAUGAUCCAAUGGUGAGAAAAACACAACAAAGUAAAAGAAACCAAGAACUAGCAGCUUCAAGUGCACUCAGGCAACAGAAACAGCGUCCACAAUCAGCCGGAACUGUCAACCCCAAGAAUUUUACAGCUGUUGGGGCUCGUCCAAAUUCAAGCUCAGGCCGUCCUGGAAAUGACAAUCGGUUAAAUGCAGAGGAACUUCGAAUCAUUCGAGAAACUAAAGAGGAAAAUCAGAGGAGAGGGGGUUGGAUUCGAAUAUUUCCUUCUCCGGAAAGCUGGGAAAAAUAUGGUAAUUUUUUAGAAAGUCGGACAACGCACAAUGAAAUGUUACACAGAAAGCUGUAUCCUGAUAGUGUUGCAGUUAAAGAACAUCAACGACCUGACAUGCAUCGGUCGCCGACCCAAUUGAGGCUAGCUUUCAUACAGGAUCAAAUGACAAUGGUCAAGAAAGAACAUAUGGUACAGUUUCAAAGAAAGUUGUCUACGAUUGAUAAUAGAGCAGAUAGGAAAAAACUUAGAAACUCAGUUUCAAAGCCACCAAGACCUGCAUCAAGUAAUAAACCUGUGACAACUACUGUUAAAGAUAAGCCGCAAGAAAAGAAAGAAAGUACAACCCGAAAUAAACGAGAAACUUUAGCUCAGGGAGAGUUGAAAGUAGAAGAAAAAACAAAAAAAACAAGCACAUCAUCGAUGCAACAAGCAGAAACUAAACCCAAAACGACAUCCACAGGAACAACUAAGGCAGAGAAGGAGAAUGUGACUGAGGUGAAUGGGAAGGCAGCAACGGACACUGACAAUGCUGACAAACCUGCCUCUGAGUCUAAUAAUAACAGAGAGGUGUUGAAAGAGAAACCUCCAGUACCACCUAAGCCAAGGAUAAAUGUUAAAGAAAUUAUUGACAAUGGGGGAGAACUCAGUAAACUACAGGCUAGAGAAGCAUUUGCUGCAUACCUAAUAAGGGUACAAAGAAGAUUGAAUGAAGAAGUGUACACUGGUAAAAUAGAAAGCGAGUCUGACUCAUUGCCACAGGAUUUGGUUUUGAGAUUUCUCAAGAGAGCUGCAGGCAAUCUGCAACAACCGUUCAAAGUAAUAGUUCCAAGUAGAAAACUUCCUAUCAAUGACAGGAGAAGGAUAUUAGCUAAGCAGCUAGGAGACUUUGUACAUAUAUAUGGCAAGGAAACUGAACAAUUACAGCAGAGGAAGAGAAUAGACAGAAAAUAUGUUAGCAAAGAUGCAGAUCACCUAGAUAGUUUUGAUGAAGAUAAAUUCAAAUCAUUUAUAAAUGUUGCAAGUGAAAGUGAAUUGGAAGAAGUGUUGACAGUCUACACUAAAAUGAAUAAAUCAGCCAGUAUAUUCCUUGGAACAAAUUCCAAAUCUACGAGUGACUUGAAAGGCCACUCUUCCAGCAUUGCUCAGGGUCCCAGCCAAUCACUACUACAAAGAAGAAGCAGUACAAGUGAACUACAUAAAGUUGGAAUUGCAGAGAAAGAGAAAGCAGAGGCAGUGUCAGGUGAUAUGACCAGAUACAAAGCACCGCAAAUGCGACCCAAAUCAGCCAUCAUUACCCGAGAACGAUUCGUAGACAGCACCACAGGUGAAAACAGCACCCAGGCUGGUAAAGCCAAGAUCAUCGCACCUCCACCGGGUGAUAACAACUAUCUUCCUGCCUCCAGUGCUGCUUAUGCUAGUGUGGCUAGUAUCUACAGUGCCAAAUUGGCAACAGUAUCACGAUCCCGACCCUCCUCUGCAAAAUCCACUCAGUCUAACUCAGGGAUCAGCCUUAAAAGCUUCAGUCGACCCAGCUCUGCGAUUACUGUGUACCGAGAUAAUACUGGUGGAGAAAUAGCGACGAGACACUUUUCUGAAGACAGUGAACAAGCCAUUCAAGACGCUUUACAGAGGUUGGCCAGGCGGCAGGCGGCUCGUCAGUAUUCCUCAUCCAGCAUGCAAAACCAGAAUUUACUAACUCAUGUUUAUCUUGGACAGUACUCUGGCAGUACUGGUAGCUUAGACAAUCCCACCUGCCCCGGCAGUCUGUCAGCAUCUCGUGGUUCAGCAAAUGCAGGGCAAAGGUCACGGAUGCACAGUUGGGAAGGGAUGAAGAGCCAUAGUACUACCAGUGUCACAGGAACAUAUCCAACCACAGCUCAGAACUAUGUCAACCGACAGGUGAUGUCCCAGGAACAGAUAUCACAGACCCAAUCACAGCUACAUGACUUGGCUAAAAUGAGUCAAGAGCGGAUGAAACAACAGCAGUCACAACCACAUUCUGAGAUUGCACAGGCACAUAACAACAUGUCUCAGCAGUUAUCACCACAGCAGUUGUUGACACCUAAGCCACCUAUUCAGAUGUCAUCUGGGAGUAGAAAACCAGUCAGUAUUCAAAGACUUGCAAGGACAACUCAAUUUGACAAUGGAUAUCCCAACGAUAGAGAUUUAUACACCAGUUUGAGGUACAACACAUCACUUGGGUUAUCAUCCAAAACAGUUCACAAUUCUGGUUAUUCUAGCACAGGUCAGUAUCUUACAAGAUUGGCUUCUCAGUGGAAAGGAGGUUCCCAACAAGGCACCAUAACCAAACACUGACCAUGACUGAUAAUAUUGGACAAGAUAAAGUGCAACAAUUCCACUGUGAUAAAAAAAAACUUGCAUUUACAGCUUUGAUAUAUUACUUUGACCAUCAAUAAUCCAGAAUGUGAGCAUUAUAGCAUUUGCUCUUUUAUUAGCACUGACAAUGAAUGCAAUUUUGUUAUUUAUAUGUGCUUUUAGUAGAGUAGAGUAAGUAGCUGGAUUAUUAGAUUGUAGUAUUGCAUGUCAAUAUACUUUGGUAUGUUUUUAGUUUGUGCUGUGUCAGAUUGUCUUUUAAACUGCAGUAUCUUCCUUGUCUGUGCAUGUGAUCCACUAUAAUACGUUAGCAUUAUAGUGGAUGUCUGAUUUGGCUUUUUCUCUACUCAAAAUAAAUACAUCCACAAUAUUGUUUAAUUCUUGAAGACCUAUAUUAUCACAAACCACCGCCCACUAAAACCGAAUAUGUGCCUUCUUUAUCAUAAUCUUACUUGUGAACUGUUUGUUGUUCUACUCUUGUUGUAGUUUUGCUGUUAUUCAGUAUAUCUAUGAUUUCUCUGUUCUCUGUGUCAACUGUGUUAAAAUUCACUCUUCCGUUUUGAGUUUGAACAUUAUAUUCAGUUAGCAUACAUACAUAUUUUUUAUUCAGUUAUUUUGUACAUACGAUAUGCUCAGAUAAUUCCCUUUUGUAAAUAUAUUUGGGCUAUGUGUAAUUUUAAAGGGCUUUAGAUAUUUUAUCAGUGGAUAUCAUUUUUUUAUUAUUAUUCCAUAUGAUUAUUUUAAUGCUUUUUAUUUUUUAAUGACAUAUGACAGAUUGUUUAUAACUAUCCUCUGUGUUGUGUUCAGAAUCUGCAGUUAUGCCUAGACGUGUAGCCGAAUGGUUCAUAAAUAUCUUGCCAAAGACAAUGCAAUGAAAACAAUAAAAACAUUUUUAGGCCAAUAAAAAAAAUACAUUUGUUUCUUGUCCUGUGACAUUCAAAGAAAUGGUGCAGUGCUUUGACAAAACAAAAAACAAAGAGGUCUUAAGGUACCUCAAUGCACCUCAAUGUCUGAUGACCAGAAUAAAAUCUAUUUUUUUGGGCUAUGUAAAUAUACCUGUAACUAUAUCAGUGCAUGUUUUCAAAGAACAGCAGACUCCCCUACCUAUCUAUUGUGUACUUAUUUUAAAUCAUGUUGAAUGGAAAAAGAUUAUUUGUUUUCUGUAUAAAUUGAAAUGAAGUGAUUUUUUUCUUUUUUUUAAACAGACAAUAAAUCACGCAC